AGCACUCUGUGAUUAUGCGCCUGCUCAUUUCACUAUAAAUAGGCGCAAGCAGCAGAGGUUACGCAGAUGCAUUAGCAGUCUCACUAGAGAAAUUGCCCGUUAUCCCCUAUAGGCUCAAGUAAGCCAUGAAGUUCGCUCAAAUAUUCCUUCUGGUCUGUCUCCUGAGUGCCCCGUGCACCCUUCGGGCUGCUGAAGGUGAAAACCCAACGGGAGAAGCUCGAGAAGGGAAAGAAAAGGAAUACAACGAGGACACCUGUAUUGAAAUCACGCUCCCAAACAUUCUGCAGAUUGAUCAGUGCCUUGGAGAUAACCUCAACCUCUGCAAAGGAAAGACAAAUCUCAUUGAAGGCGUUCUAUCUUUGGCAAACUGCACUGUCAAUGGCGUUCUUAGGAACUUGAGUGUAGUCAAAGCCCUAGUAACCGUGAAAGAUCUGCUGGUUGCCCUUCUAGGCAAACUGGUGCCAAGCUUGGGCACGGUAUUGAAUGGAUUGGACAUGUUUUCUCUGCUUGCAAGUAACGAAAUUAAGAACGACGUUUGCUACGGAGAAAUAAAAAUUACCGUUCCUAACAGCCUUGGAAAAUGCGUUGAUGACACACUCAAGCUUUGCAAAAACGGAACGACAAUUGACGUUUCCAUUGUAGAAUCCCUCGUCAAGACGGUUGGGUGCAUCGUCAAGGACUUGCUUACCACUCCACCAGACCAGACAGUCAGCAACCUUCUGUGCGAUGUUGCGAGAACCCUGUCCAUCGUUCUUGAACAAGUUCCUGGUGGCAACAUUCUCAGCAAACCCGUAACUCAAAUCUGCGAGUCGAAAUAACCUCCGCAAGCUACAGUACAGCCGGCCCUCUUUAUCACAAGACACCGAUCCCGCCAAUAAAACAUGUAAACAAAAAAUAGCGUGUAUUUUUCUGCCACAACCGCCGUGUUCGCGUAGUUGUUUCGGCACUGCGCUGCUAAGCC